AAUCAACGUCAGUUCAACUUCCAACCCUCAACCUGAUCGUGACCAGCGAAAAUGGGCGACAAUUCUUGCGGCUUAACUUUUCCUUCAUGUCUUCAAUGACCCUUUUUCUCUAUUUCAUAUGUGACAACAAAGAAAGCCUGAAACUGCAAGCAGGUUCACAUAUCAUGGAGUGUCCGUUGUCAACUUGCUCUUCACUGUUGAAUUAACAAAUGCUGGGGAUGGGAAACGGAUCAGAUCAGGGCCGUAAGGCUUUGCGCUGGUUCACGUUCAUUCUGAGAACCUCAAUUUCGAACCUUCCAUGUAGCCUUCAGCAAUCGUCGCCCGAGUCAUUUUCUGUGGGAGAAGAAAAGCCAACGAGAUGCACACCCACCGCAAAAGUUCCUUUCGCUUGUUUUUCCUUUCUGUUUCCCUCAAGCCAUUUGCCGUAACGAGUUGCUGCAAUCAUCUGUAUGAGUUAACCCAAGCAACUUCAAUGACCAACAUGUUCCUGCCCUGUAUCAAAAUACAGCCUGUCCGGAAGCAAUACCCAGUACGAGGACGCGCUGACCGGACAUGCUCCGGAUCAAGGUCUUCUCAGGAAGUUGUUCGCAUUCCCGUCCAAUGACAACGAGAUUCGUGUGACAAUGGUGGAUUAUAAUACCAG